GACUGUAAAGAACUCUUGCUGUGCGCUUCUAUUAUCUCUCUUUGGAGCGACCGGAGGCACUUUACAUUGCAUACCAGUCUAGGGGCUUUUCCGACGCAGUUUUGCAGGAAAGACUUAUGGGGCUAAUACAAAACAGAGUAGGAACAAGAAGCAGAAGCGAAAUGUAAUACUCAGCCGCAGACACAUUUACAACGCCUGCAAAGCAAAGGGAACAACAACAAGGGAGUUUGUCUCGCUACAAAAUAAUGACGUGGAUCCCCAAAGUGAUGGAUUUGAAGAUGUGCAAAACUGUUAACUCGUUUUAAAAGGGGAGCGAGCGGGUCGAAACUACUACUGCUGGAAGCGUAACAGAGGAAAUCACCGCAUGUAAAGGAAUUGCUUCUAAUAUAGGAACUGCUUUUUUGUUGUAAAAAUUAAAGAUGGGUAAAGGCUUGCGAAGAGGUUAAGAGAUUAGCUGAUUGAGGAAAUUAAGUCUAAACAAAGCGUGCCUUCUUCACUGGAAAUACUGAAGUGAAAUGAACCGUUUUCCUGGGCGCGCAGACAAGUGAAAAGACAACAGCUGCCAAGGAAACCUGAAAGAUGAAGCCCUCUGUGCCCCUGUUUCUUCUUAUCUGUUCGGCUGCCUCCACAAACUGGAGAUCCGUCUCCAAGAGAAACUAUGUGGACGGCUGUAUAGACUGGUCGGUGGAUUUGAAGGAGUACAGAGUGCUGGCGGGGGAGCCCGUGCGGGUCAAAUGCGCGCUGUUCUACAGCUACAUCAGAACCAACUACACCAUGGCCCAAAGCACCAAGCUCAGGCUCAUAUGGUAUAAAAACAAGGGCGACUCAGAAGAGCCCAUUAUAUUUUCAGGACAUAGACUGAGCAAAGAGGACGACUCAAUCUGGUUUCGUUCAGCAGAGCUAGUGGAUAAUGGCUUUUAUACCUGCGUUUUGAGAAACUCCACGUACUGUAUGAAGGUGUCCAUGUCCUUGACGGUGGAGGAGAAUGACUCGGGGCUCUGCUACAACAGUAAAAUCAGAUACCUGGAAAAGUCUGAGAUCACAAAGAGGAAAGAGAUCCCCUGCCCUGAUUUAGAGGACUACAUCGUUCCAUACAAGCAGCCACUUAUAACGUGGUACAAGGAAUGCAUUCCAAAAACGUGGAGGAGUUUGGUGAUAGUGAACGCUACGAGCGUGCUGAUACCCGAGGUUGAAGAAAUGGACGGUGGGAAUUACACGUGUGAGCUGAAGUAUGGCAGCAAGUUUGUGCGAAGAACCACAGAGCUGCAGGUUACAGCUCUCUUAACAGACAGGCCUCCUAAACUACUGUUCCCCACGGAGAUCCAGUCGAGUGUUAUAGAUGUCCAGCUCGGUAACCCAUUUAGCCUGGUCUGCAGAGCAUUCUUUGGCUACAGUGGAGAGUCCAGACCGAUCAUCUACUGGAUGAAAGGGGACAAGUUUGUUGAAGAACUGGAGGGUCACAUUAAAGAAAGCGAAGUCAGGACGAUCAAAGAGUACCUGGGGGAGAAGGAGGUGGAACUCUGCCUGACUUUUGACGCUGUGGAUGAAAACGACGUUGGGAAUUACACCUGCUACGUGGAGAACCGCAACGGACGCAGACACGGCAGCGCCAUUCUGCAGAAAAGAGAUCUGUACAGACUGGAGCUGGCAGGAGGCUUGGGAGCGAUCCUGCUGGUGCUGGGUCUUCUCACCGCUGUCUACAAGUGUUACAACGUGGAGAUCAUGCUGUGCUACAGGAGACACUUCGGGAGCGAUGAAACAGAAGACGACAACAAGGAAUACGACGCUUAUCUGACCUACAGCAAAGUAGAGCUGGAGUCGAUGGAGCUGGAGAGCAGUGAGGAGGAACAGUUUGCUCUGGAAAUCCUGCCGGAUGUGCUGGAAAAGCAUUAUGGAUACAAGCUCUUCAUUCCGAGUCGGGACCUCAUGCCCAGCAGCGUCUACAUUGAAGACCUGGCCAGGUGUGUGGAGCAGAGCAGGAGGCUGAUCAUUGUGCUGACCCCGGAGUUCGUCGCCAAGAGGGGCUGGAGCAUCUUCCAGCUGGAGAGCAGGCUCCACAGCAUGCUGGUGACAGGGGAGAUCAAGGUCAUCAUGAUCGAAUGCACGGACCUCAAGGGGGUUAUGAACUAUCAGGAGGUGGAGGCCUUAAAACACACCAUUAAACUGCUCUCGGUGGUCAAGUGGACAGGACCCAAGUGCAACCAGCUCAAAUCCAAAUUCUGGAAGCAGAUCCUGUACGAGAUGCCUGCCAAGAAGAAGGAGACGCUGUCCCGGAGGCAGGUCCUGGACUCCGGAGAGCAGGGCCUGUUCGGAGACCUCCAGACUGUGUCCACCAUCGCGAUGACGACCACAUCCGCCACGCUGGCCCCCUCCCACACAGAGAUCCCUGACUUUCAUCAAAUGAAUCACCCACAAAUGAAACAUUACUGCAGAGGCUACAAAUACGAGCUACCUCCACCCCCCACGCAGUUUAACUCUGUGGGAAAAAAUCACUUGUACCGUAGUAUCCCAAUGGCACUCCUGAACGGGCAGGCAGCACAUAACAGCACUGUUCAAAGAAACAAGCCAGAAAUUCAUUUCAACACUAUGUUUGCACCUCUGUCCUCCAGAGAACUUACAAGUGAUAUCUGGUAGAGUAAACUCCACAGAAAGGACCAGCCUGCUACCUGUUUAACCUGCAUGAUGACAUCACACAGAAAAAAAACCAAACAAACCAACAAACUAACAUUGAUUUGAUUUCAACGGCAGAUAUGAACACAAGGAAACUACCUUUCUGUAUUCUUUAGGGAGUUUUUGAUCAGAAAAAAAUUAACUUUCCUACUUGAAUUUCUUCUUCAUGGAGAUCAGACUCUCAACAAGUGUAUAACCUGACCUCGUUUUUACAGUUCAAGGUGUUGUUAUAAUGGAAAGUUUUCAUACAGGCCUUGAGACAGACAGACAGACUGUUUGACAUAUUGAACCUUACAGUGUUUUGCAAUGGAGUGAGGUUUAUUUUGAUGUAUUUUGGGGAGGGGGGUUUGUGCACCUACAUUAAAUGUUUUUAAGAAUUGA